CUCACGCUGAUGAGAUGCACAUAGCAGUGCUCCCGUGUCAUCGAUCAAGCUUGCCCGUGUAUCCUGACUCUCAAGCUCCUUCCUGCAAAUUCAUUCACUUUCAGCUCUGCUGCUGGGUCAAGCCCUGGCUCUUUCUCUAAGACUAAGGACACUCCUCUCAAGAUCUACUCUUCGUCUGUCCAGUCUUCCCCGCUCACCCCUUCUUGGGGUCUUACCUAGAAUCAUAGUAGUAGUAGUAGUGGGAUAGUGGAUGGAGUUGGUAUGUUGUGGGGGGGCAGGGCCGGCCAGGUUUAUAACAUAAUAUGGGUAGGACAGACGUUUGCUCAGCCAGUUUGCUAGUGACCCUUCCCGGGUAAACACCUCCAGCACCAACCACCGCACCUCUUCCAUACCCACCUACCCAGCCAGCCAGCCAACUAGCUAUCCACGCCCUUCAGGAGCGCUCUCAUAACCUCUCAAAAGCUCCCAACCUGUUUCUUAAGAUUAACGAAUCAAAGUUACACCCCAUCCAGCACGCAUUUCCCGUAUCAGUGCCCCACUGUUAUACACCUUAUUAACGUGUAACAUACCAGACACUUUUAUAUACAAAAAUAUAUGAAGAUAAAUUUUCUUAGCAUCUCAGGAAAUUCACAGGAGACUCCGCCAGUGUGGGGAGACACCUGGUGUGUCUCAUCAUAAUGCAGAGACAUACUUAAAUAGCUGCAAUCAAACCACGGAACGGGUCGGGGCCUGAAUACUUGAAGGAACGUGCUAGUUUAUUGAGAGUAUUGCGAGUCUGCUGAGUGUUUGACGAAGAUCCACUUGGAGCGUGAGAGCCCUAGGGAGCGCUUCAUAAACCAUGGGCUCCGUUAAUGUGGAAGAAAUGCUUUCCCUGAGAAGACUUGGGACCCUCUUUUACCUUGUUAGUCCCAGCAACUCCACCUUUGAGAAGGUUGAAGAUGUUCCCAACUACACCAAUGAGGCCAUCCCGUGGUUCAUGUUGACAGUGGUGCUGGAACAAUUAUGUAGACUGUUGCUGGGCAAGAAGGUUGCUCAAGCGAACGAUCUAGUCUCAAUGAGCACGGCGAUCCUCUACGAGUCUGUCAAGUUGCUCACCAAAUGGUUCGAGAUGUCUGGUUACCUCUGGAUCUAUCAGUACCGCUUCUUCGACAUCCCGUGGAACUCUCCGGCAGCCUGGUGGGCAGGGUUCCUGGCGGCGGACUUCGUCCACUAUUGGUUCCAUCGAGCAUCCCACGAGGUGAGCGUGAUCUGGUCGUGGCAUCAGGUACAUCACUCUCAUGAAGAAUACAACCUGACUGUGGGCCUCCGUCAGUCUAUGUUCCAGCAGCUGUGUGCCCUGGGUUUCUACCAGCCCAUGGCCCUGCUGGGUGUGCCCCUCCCGGCCAUCUGCGUCCACUUCAACCUCAACCUCCUGGUGCAAUUCAUCAUCCACACAGAACUCAUCGGCAAGUGUGGACCUCUAGAGUGGAUCAUCAACACCCCGUCCCACCACCGCGUCCAUCACGGGGCCAACAAGUACUGUUUAGACAAGAAAAUACGGAGGCUUCCCCUUUUCAUCUGGGACCGGCUCUUCGGUACAUUCGCCGCUGAGAAAGACGAUGAAGAGAUUGUUUACGGUCUUGUUGACCAGCCACAAGCCUCGAGCAUCUUGAUUCUGCAGUUCUUCUACAUCCGAGAUAUAAUAAAGAAAGCCAGGAGCCAGGAGACCUGGGGAAACACCCUGAGGGCCCUGAUGUACGGACCCGGCUGGUCCCCCGGGUCCCCUCGUCUCGGGAACGUGGACUCCUUCAAGGACGUCAAAGCCCCCAGGGCUAAGUACGAUCCCUACCUGCCUCUCUGGAACAAACUUUACAUCGCCACGCACUUCCUUGUAACUCUCUUCCUACAACAAGUGUUGACGUUCAAUCUUAAGUCCUACACGCUGGGGACGUCCCUCAUGAUAUUCGGAUUUUUUCUGGUCACAUUAUGUAACAUUUCGUCCAUGUACGACUACUGGAUGUGGGCUGGUUUCGUGGAGGUGGCCCGCUGUGUCUGUUUUAUAGUGUACGCCCGCACCACACCCGUCACCGGUCACCCUGCUGUUGACACCUUCCUCCAGAUCUGCUUCUUCGUCUCCAUGAUGCUUUGGACUUUCAGAACCAUGUUGUUCACCCACGAUACCAGCAAGAUCAAGUUUUUGUGAAGGAGUAUGAUCCUUAACCUCAAAUUCUUAAAGUUUUUUGGCGUGAGAUGGCCCUUGAACGUCGGGUUUUAAAGGUCCCUCAAGUUCUUAUGAGUGAGAUAGUUCUCGAGGCAAAGUUUAAAAAGUUUUUCAAGUUCUUGUGAUUGAUGCUGUAUUCAGCAUCAAAUUUGAAGGUCUUUGAAGCUUCUGUGAGCGGUUUUUUUUCCCAGAUGUCAAAUUUUCAAGGUCCUUUAAGCUCUUAUGAAUGAGGUGGUCCCCGUGUCAAAUUUUCGGAAUUCUUCA